GACCGAGCACGUGGUGUGAGGACGAGGGGUGGUGGAAGAGGAGGAGGGGUGGUGGAAGAGGAGCCAGGGGCAGUGACCGAGCACGUGGUGUAAGGAGGAGGGGUGGUGGAAGAGGAGCCAGGGGCAGUGACCGAGCACGUGGUGUGAGGAGGAGUGGUGGUGGAAGAGGAGCCAGGGGCAGUGACCGAGCACGUGGUGUAAGGAGGAGGGGUGGUGGAAGAGGAGCCAGGGGCAGUGACCGAGCACGUGGUGUGAGGAGGAGGGGUGGUGGAAGGGAAUCAAACUCAGAAUCAGAAGAAAGUGAAGAAUAUUCUAGUGAAACUUCAAGCGAGAACCAUUCUCUAAGUGACUUCGAGAGCAUUGGGAACAGUGAGAAUAGUAAUGCAAACAGUAGCAAGUUGGAGGAAGACCAUAUUGUGAACAAUAGCCACUCUGAUGAGGAUCUAAUGGACAUAUGUGGAUUGACAGGGAUAUUUGAGAGUCUUGAGGCAUGUGACGAAAGAUUAUCACCAAUAUUAACGAUGUUGGUAUCCAGUGAUCUGGAGGUCCUCAAACCAACACCAGACCAGAAGGACCCCAAUCUUGUAUUUGACCAGGAAACCCUCGAUCCUACGCCUGAGUCGCAGGAGGACCUUUAUACUAUGCCUCACCUGGAGGUCAUUGAUCCUAUGCCUAUCCAUGAGGCCCUCAAUUCCAAGUCUGACCAGGAGGCAGACAGUAGUAUACCAAGGCCAGGGGCCCUCAAUCAUAUGCCCGAGUCACAGGAGGAACUCGAUCCUACGCCCAAGUUGCAAGAGGACCUUAAUCCUACACCUGAUCGGGAGGCUCUUGAUCCUCCGCCUAUCCAUGAGGCCCUCAAUUCCAAGUCUGACCAGGAGGCAGACAGUAGUAUACCAAGGCCAGGGGCCCUCAAUCCUAUGCCCAAGUCGCAGGAGGAACUCUUUCCUACGCCCAAGUCGCUAGAGGACCUUAAUCCUACACCUGACUGGGAGGCUCUUGAUCCUCCGCCUAUCCAUGAGGCCCUCAAUUCCAAGUCUGACCAGGAGGCAGACAGUAGUAUACCAAGGUAUGAUAUAUUUACUACAAAUGAAAUAACCGAGACCUAA